CAUUCCGUGGGCUUCUACCUUUCUGCUGCCGGUGACUGAGGGUUGGUGUUUGGAGUUGGUCUCCAUCACCUCUCCCAAGGGAACCAUGAAGUUUUUUAUCGUUUUAAUCGGUUUGGUCCAGCUCCUGAACUGGGCCACCGCCCAGAAGGCCUUUCCCGUCAGAGACCUCGACUGUGACGAUCCGGAGGCAGAGCAAGCGGCAGCGGAAGCCGUGCGGUACAUUAACACACACAGGCAACAUGGAUACAAAUAUGCCCUGAAUCAGAUUGAGAAAGUCAAAACGUGGCAACGGAGACCUUUUGGAGAGGUAUUUGAUAUGGAAUUGGAUUUGCUGGAAACCAAUUGCCACGUGCUAGAUCCCACGCCACUGGAAAACUGUACCGUGAGGUCCCUGGUGGAUCAUGCUGUUGAAGGAGACUGUGACGUUAAGCUGUUGAAGUUGGAAGGCAAAUUUACCGUGCUGUUUGCAAAGUGCGAUUCCUCUCCAGACUCGGCCGAGGAUGUCCUCAAAGUGUGCCCCGACUGUUCCUUGCUGGCUCUUCUGAAUGACUCUGCGGUGACUCACGCGGUGGAGGCCGCCCUGGCCAAAUUCAACUCUGAAAACAACGGCUCCUAUUUCCUGCUUCUCGAGAUCUCCAGGGCCAAGAAAGUGAAUUUGCCACCAUCCACAGUUGUGGAAUUUGUAGUUGGUGCCACCGAUUGUGCAGCCAAAGAGGUUUCCGAUCCAGCCAAGUGUAACGUGGUGGUAGGGCCAAAGCAAACUGGCUUCUGCAAGGCCUCGCUGUUCUACCAAGCCGGAGGUGGUGAGGAAGUCCAAGUGAACUGUGUAAUUUUUGAUCCUCAGCCCGCGGUUCCCCAGCGCCAACCAGACGGGGCGGACGUUGCAGGAGCCACCGCCCGCCCAGUCGAGGUGGCAACCCCCGGCGGGGCAGGGCCCGGGGCGGCCGUACCACGAGGACCACUAGUCCCCCGCUUCCAGCACCACGACUUGAGGCACUCCUUCCGUGGGCCUCACCAUCCCCAUCUGGCCAGUUCACCGGAAUCCGCCUCCGGCGAACAACGCCAACCGCUUCUGGCAGUGCUUCCUCAGCCAGGACCCCAGGGACCGGUCCCUCAACUCCCCGUCUGCCCGGGAAGGCUGAGGCACUUCAAGGUCUAACAGGGUUUCCGGCCGCCAUACUCCCGGCAAUUGAAGGAUUAACUUAGAAAUCCAGCUUUCUUCCACAUUUGUUAGGGAAAGGCCGGAGAAAAGAGGGAUUUGGAGGAGAGAGGGAGCGUGAUUAUCAUUUCUCAAAAAUUGGGAGAGGUGGGAUGGAUGGGUGGGUAGUAAGGCCUGGUGACGAUGACGAUGAUGGUAUCGGUUAAGCA